CUAUUUUUACUAACUUAUCUAUUUUAUUGAAAAUUUUGAUUAGUCAUUUUAGUAAUAUUAUGUUUAGAAGGUUUGUUAAUUUCUCUAUUAGAUAAAAACUUGUUGAAAUAUAGUUUUGGAUGUUUUUAAAAGUUUUGGGUACCAAAAAGUAAUUAAAAUUUUGGGUUGGAUGGAAAACUAGACGGAUGCACAUUUUGGUGACUUUAAUGGUACCCGACGCCCUAUUCAAACUUAAGUGGUAUGUCUGCCCCAGUUCUCAAACUUUAGUGGUACCGGAGGUAUUUUACCCUCAAAGAGGGGACAGAUCUAGGUGAGUUGAGUUUGCAUCUUUUGUGUUUUAGUAUUUGUUUGUGAAUUAAUUCCGAUCUUCUUCCUCUUUUUCUUUCUUUUUGCAUUUGGUGUUCUUGAUUGCGGAGGAGUAAAUGAGAGGAGACAGAAGACGAAUUUUUUUUCUCUCUUACUCCUUCUGUUUCCCCUUCUUUGAGAAUAUAUAUUGAUAUUACCACACUAUACCAUAUGGUAAUGUGUGCUAACUAAAUUUAUUUUUGUAGGCACGAGUUUUAUCAUGGUAUUGGGUGGUAAUCGACACCAGUUCCGAGAAAGAAGAGUUAGAAGACAAUGAAGGGAGAGAAGAAAGUGAAGAAAGUCGUAAUUGUAUAUAUAUAUAUUGAGAUUACCACACUAUACCAUAUGGUAAUGUAUAUAUACCAUAUGGUAAUGUGUCUAUACCAUAUGGUAAUGUGUGGUAACGAAAUGUAUUUUUAUGAAUAUAAUAUUUUUACUAUGGUCGUAGAGGUUUGUAAUUAGAUUUACAUGGUUUUACAUUCUCAUACCAUGUGGUAUUAUAUGGUAAUUAUAAUUAAUUUGUGGUCCUUUGAUUUACCAUGUUCUACUAUGGUGGUAUUGUAUGCUAGUUAGAUUUAUAAUUUUCUGUAGCGUGGUUUACCAAGUUAUACCAUGUGGUGGUAGUUUGAUUUGUAAUUUUAUUUUAGCAUGUUAUACCAUAUGGUAUGGUAUGGUAAUUAGAUUUGUAAAUUUCUGUAGCAUAUUUUACCACGUUAUACCAUAUAGUAUUGUAUGGUAGUUAGAUUUUUAAUUUUCUUCAACAUAUUUUACCACGUUUUACCAUGUGGUAUUGUAUGGUAGUUAGAAUUGUAAUUUUCUUCAACAUGUUUUACCAUGUUUUACCAUGAUAGUAGAAAGUGAUAAUCAUAUUUAUACUUGUAAUUAGUGUCUUUAACAAUGUAUUAUUUAACGAAAAAUCAUCAUUCAAUUUGAACUGGAAUUAGUUUAGAGAUAGUUAGGAUGGUUAGAUUCAUUUUUGUUGUAGAUGAGAGAGAGAAGAAAUAAUAUGUUUUUUCUUUUAAUAAUAAAAUAAAACAAAGAGAGAGAGAGGAGGAACCAGACAACCAGUGUGGGGUGGGUGAGUGGGAUCCGCAUCUGGUCAAAAAGUCACCUUCAGCGCGUCAGCGUCAUCAUUAAAUAGGGGUGCAAUUUUACCUUAGUGCCCCUCUAUGUUUAAUUUAAAUAAAAAGAAAAAGCAGACACGUGGGGACAGAUGAUUGGAUUACUGACAAUUACUGAUAGCAAAGAUACUGACAUGAUCUGGUCCCGCCAGAGCCAUAUAAACCCAAUCCAUCUCUUAAAGCAAAAUUGGAACUGCCUCAGCCUGCCCAGUUCACGACCCCCCAUGUCUAAGCCUAGUUCAGGUAGCCGACAGUGCUGUCUUCAGAAAGCAUCAGGAUCGGAAUCCGUCUCCGACUCGUUCGGUAGCGGCGACGGCGUAGGACGACGCCCAGAGCUGUUGCUUCCUCUGGCGGCGAGCGUGGCGAUUUUGCCCCAUUUCAGCGAGACAGGGAAGUUGUGGAGCGACUUCGGUUGUGGUUUCACCGGUGCCGCGCCAUUGAAGAGAAAAUAAAACCCUUCCUACAGAUUCAUACGCGAUAUACACUGGCCGUGUUCGUACCAAAAAAGGCUCUUUACAAUCUAGUGAUGUACACUAAUUGAUUAUGAACAAAUAAUCGGAAGGUGAGGAGAAGGAGAAACCCUAAGGGGGAGAGAUGUAUCAUCGAUUUGGGGUAAUAGUCCAAUUCGACUCCCAAUGGGUAAAGGGUUUAAGCUGGCCGGUUGGAUUGCCGGGUUAAGUGGGUUGAUUAGCCAUUUUUUAUUAUUAUUUACACUAACGUGUCAUGCUGCGGGGUGAUCGGGGACAGAGUUUUGGACGGAAUUGGACGGAUUUUUUAUUUUGUUAUUCGCUCAAACUUUUGUUACCGAAACGUGCAAAAUUAAAGGAUUGUUACUGUUUUGUACAAAGUAAAUAGGUUUGUAACCAUUUAUGAUAACUACCCUGAAAUGUUUUCCAAAUAUGGGCCACAGGCUAUUGGGCCAGAGUCAUGUAAACCCAAUCCAUCUCUUAAAGCAAAAUUGGAACUACCUCAGCCUGCCCAGUUCACGGGCCGCCAUGUCUAAGCCUAGUUCACGUUGCCCCACCAGGUGGCAGGUGCCAAUCGUUUAUCGCCUUUCCUUAGACUAGGUUCCCGGAGACAUCUUCCCUUCCCAAAGCUUCGAACUUUGAGGCGCCUUUCUGUGUCCGUCCUACCACUUAAAAAAUUCAAUUUUUUUUAUUUUUAUCUUUACGAUUUCGUCAAUCGAAAAUAGCUUACUGCUUUUUGAUGGGGUACUCUCCACCAACGAUGAAAUCUAGCAAUGGCCGAUUUGGUCGGAAAUUUGGUCAAAUUUUUUCGGAGGGCAUUUUCGUAAUUUUAAAGCGCUUUUUUUGAAAGGCCAUUUUCCUUUGAUUUUGAAGGGUGCAGAUCACGGAUUCAGACUGAUGCUAUUAUUUAGGGAGGAGUAAAUCUAUUAAACAGGGUUUCGGGCGAAAAAUUGCCUGGGCAAUUUUUUCCAGUUUCAAAAGGGUUACCAUCACCGAUUUCACGCAAUUUUAUGGAAAGUCCAUUUUCCUUGGAUUUUGAAUGCGAUGGAUCACAAAUUCGGCUUAGGGUACUCUCCACCAACGAUGAAGUCUAGCAAUGGCCAAUUUGGUCGAAUUUUCCGGAGGGCAUUUUUGUAAUUUUUAGGCGCUUUUUUUUGAAAGGCCAUUUUACUUCGAUUUUGAAGGGUGCAGAUCACGGAUUCAGCCUGGGGCUAUUCUUUAGGUAUUAAUAAGUCUAUAAAACAGGGUUUCGGGCGGAAAAUUUCGGUGCAAUUUUUGCCAGUUUCCAAAGGGGUACCAUCACCGAUUUCGGGCGAUUUUAUGGAAAGUCCAUUUUCCUUGGAUUUUGAAUGCGAUGGAUCACAGAUUCGGCCUUAGGGAACUCUCCACCAACGAUGAAGUCUAGCAAUGGCCGAUUUGGUCGGAAUUUUGGUUGAAUUUUUCCGGGGGCAUUUUCGUAAUUUUUAGGCGAUUUUUUCGAAAGGCCAUUUUCCUUCGAUUUUGAAGGGUGCAGAUCACGGAUUCAGCCUGAGGCUAUUCUUUAGUGAUAAAUAAGUCUAUAAAACAGGGUUCUGGGCGGAAAACUACUGGGGAAAUUUUUGCCAGUUUUCAAAGGGGUACCAUCACCGAUUUCGAGCGAUUUUAUGGAAAGUCCAUUUUCCUUGGAUUUUGAAUGCUAUGGAUCACAAAUUCGGCCUUAGGGUACUCUCCACAAACGAUAAAGUCUAGCCAUGGCCGAUUUGCUCAGAAAUUUGGUAGAAUUUUUCACGAGGGCAUUUUUGUAAUUUUUAGGCGCUUUCUUUGGCGGGUCAUUUUCCUUCGAUUUUGAAGGGUGCAGAUCACGGAUUCAGUAUGAGGCUAUUCUUUAGGGAUGAAUAAGUCUAUUAAACAGGG